AUGUGUAACAUGAAUCUCCCAUUUAUCUACUCGUUCAUUACAACAUCGACAUUCUUCCACAACAACUUACAAAUGCAGUUAUCUGCUCGAAAACGCCCAAAAGACGAUAUUUUAGAUAACUUAGAUGUUAAAGGACUUCCGCUUUUUCGAAUGAACCCUAAAACUACCAUUAAAAUCAAUAUCGAAGGCGAUGAAAAUAUCAGAAAUGAGUAUGAUGUAUUGAGUAAAAUGAAUAAAGUGCUGGCGUUGCAUAAUGCUGAUAAGGUAUUGAAUGAGAGGCCGACUAGGCAUUAUCCAAGGCACCAUUACAAGCGGAUGAUAAAACAGAAGAAAGGGUUCCAAAUGAGUCAGUCGAGGAGAGAGGCGUACUAUGCCAAACAUACUGAAAUUCCAAUAGCUGACGAUAUAACAUUUUUAAGAGACAGACAUAUGAAGGGUAUUAUGGAAGCUGUUAAUUGUUACGAUUCGUGGCUAAACGCUGAGGAGGAUAGGAAAAAGAUAUUACAAAGUUACUGUGAAAGUGAAUAUUAAAUAAGUAAAUUGGAUCAGAUUAAAUAGUUUUAAACAAUAGUGCGAUGAAAAGUCCAUCAGUUAUUCCAUUUAAGGGAACGAACCGAACAGCGGAAGGUGAAUAUCUGUUAUCACAACCUGCAAUAACGGGGUAGAAAUAGUCUCUUGAGCACUUAAGUCUAAGGGUGCGGUCACAGGAUUCAGCGGGCCAGGUUUCAUGCCUUUCUCCAUAGUUGUAAGAACAACAGAGACAGCUGUGGACGGGAAGAGGAUGGAACUUGACAUUUGGAAAGUUUUUAAUUACAUCGCAGAGCAAGUACUCGUUUUGCUCCUUGUCGAGAGAACACGUACUAUACACUAUAAAGCCUCCAGGCUUGAGUAAUUUUAUAGCCUGAGUUAACAGUUCUCGCUGGUUAGUUAUUAUCUUUGAAGCGUAUUCUCGGUUCCAGCUAUUUUCAAGCCAUUUAAUCCCCCAGAAUCUAAGGGUUCUGAUUACUGAUCUCAGAGAGCCCUCGAGAGUGCAUUCGGCGUCCAGGAUUAUCCGAUCAAACUUCUCAAGCAUAGAUUCACCGUUGUAUUCUGAAAACUCCUGAGAGUUGAUAUGCUUAAAGCUAACGUCUAUUUUGUCCCUGUUAAAUAAUUCCUUCCUGAGCAUUGCUUUGCAAAGCUCAAUUCUUCGAAUUGAGGAGUCUAAGCCUAUAAUAUUCCACUUGGUAUCACUAUUUAUCUUAUCUGCACUGUCUAUUGUGGCGAAGAGCUUUCCUCCAGGAGCGCAACACAUGUCCAAAAUCCAAGCCUCCUCAGAACCGGAAAGUUUUCUGAGUCGCAGGGAAUCAACUACGGCAGCACUUGAUGCGUCUAUGCCAUAACAACUGGAUGGAAUGUUCCCAAUAGUAUUGUAAACCUCGACAUCCCGGAUCCAGUUAACGAUGCUAUCAUUGGGGAAAUUACAGUCACCGACUUUCCGGUAAUAUCGGUAUUUUCUACUGGAUAAAAUAUCUGUAAUCUCAUUUUUAUACUUUUCAACGUCAACACCUAGUUCCUUUAGCCAGGAAUCUAGUUUAUGAGAGAGCAAAUCAGGGUUAUACGGUAAAACCCUGUUCUCAUAGUGGUUUUGAAUAUCAAUUAAAGAAUCCAUAGCUGUAAAUAUUGUAAAAUUUAAUAAAAAAGUAAAAAAUAGCACCAAGGAAAAUAAUUAAAGAUAAUUAUAAAAUUAAUUUCUUUAAAAAAAUCAGACAUUCCUGAUAACA